AUCGCGGCGCUCUCUAGUCCCCACCAACCCUCACCAAACUCGCGCGCUUCCUUAUCGAGAUAAUACUCUAUCCUGCUUUUGAAGUCGCCGUCCUCUGCAGAGUGCUCUCGCUCUAGGGUCUCUCUUUUAGUAUCUGUGGCCUCCGAUUAUUUGCGACAUUCCCCUCCCUAUCUGCAACCGAGGCUGCUAAACCCCCACCAUGGCGUUACCAAAGCGCAUCAUCAAGGAGACGGAGAGAUUGAUGGCAGAGCCUGUCCCGGGUAUCAGCGCUAUUCCUCACGAGGAUAAUCUAAGAUAUUUUGAUGUCACGAUCCACGGCCCCUCCAGUUCUCCAUAUGAAGGUGGUAUCUUCAAGCUCGAGCUUUUCCUUCCGGAUGAUUACCCAAUGACCCCUCCGAAGAUCAGAUUCCUGACCAAGAUCUACCAUCCCAAUAUCGACAAGCUGGGUCGCAUUUGUCUGGAUGUCCUAAAGAGCAAUUGGUCCCCCGCACUCCAAAUCCGAACCAUCCUUCUGUCUAUCCAAGCCCUCCUCGGCGCUCCCAAUCCCGACGAUCCAUUGGCACCCGAUGUAGCGAAAAGAUGGAAGGAGGACGAGCCAGCUGCUAUUGCAACCGCCAAAGAGUGGACUAGGACUCACGCGAUGACAUAAAUGUCUCCUUGUCGAUUUUACGAUUCACGAUGGGCGGAGACGGAUAUAGAGGCAGUUGCGCGGAGUUGAUGGAUGGUUACAAGACGGAUGAAAGAAACAAGUCAUCC